AUGGGUGACAAUGAAGCCGCUUUGAAGACGUAUCAGACGGGAUUGAUCCGCGACCCGAAUAACAGCACGCUGCUGAGCGAGAAGCGCACGCUAGAGAUGGCACUGAGUCAGGUGCAACGUGGCAAAGAGCACCUUGCAGCAGUACGGGCUGGUUUCGAUUGGAACUGCAGUGCGAUCAUGUUUUUUGUACAGAGUUUUUACAGUUGGUGUUGUUAUUGUGGGGUUAUGUGCAGGGCAGUUCUCACAGGCAGUGGCCAUGUUUGA